AUGGAGAGGUCAAGUAAAAAGCGGCGGGCUAGUGAGCUGCUUCCGCGUCGCGAUGAGAGCGCUACAGCCAUGGACGCCACGCGACAACCCUCAGGUUUCGAUGCCAAGAUAGUGCAACAGCAACUGGAGCUUUUCGUUCGCAACGGGGAUGUGGAAUCGGCCCAGAUAUUAGGCGACUUGCUGGUCUCUGUGGCGCUGUUCCCAUCAGAUUUCGAGUCCCAGAACGGCAAGAAAAACGUUCUAGCGGAAGCAGACGAGAUUUUCCUAUCUCGGAGGCAUGGAGAGAAUUUUGAAGCAGCAGCAAUGGACGCCAGGAGGCUGUCGCCAGCGUUCCACGCCAAGACAUUGCGAUUAUUUGCUGAUUUAAUGCUUGCCAACCGUGAAUUCAAGCGCGCCAUUCGAUAUUAUCAUCACAGCUGCAGGGAUAUGAGUGUAGUGACGAAUGAACAAGAGCUGGAGGUGAAGCUCAAAGUGGCCAGGUGUUAUGUGGAGCUCGAGUGUAUUCACGAAGCUACCGAAGUGUUGAAAUCGACACCGCCUGAAGGACGAACCCUGAGCAUGAAUCUACUACUUGGAAAAUUGUAUGUGAGCGAAGGACUGCAGAACAAGGCAGAGGAGAGUUAUGCAACUGCUCUACGCCAGAAUCCGUACGCAUUGGAAGCAGCUUUAGCGCUCACCGAACUAGCAGCAGCAAAAGAUGCAUCGCCGGAUGCAUUUACAGGAUCGGAUAAAGCAACGCAGGUAAACGCGACACUGACCACCAGGCAACACGAAAUCGAACGCUUCUACAGUGACAGCGCGCCGGAAUCGCGACCAGCCGACGCAGGUUUAUCUCCUGUGGACUCAGCGUGGAUGCAGACGUUGGUGCAGGCUCACAUGGAUACCGAGAGGGGAAAUUACCGUGCGGCCGUAGAGUCAUUCAAUGCGCUGGAACGAGUCUUUCCCAAGAACCUCCAUUGCUUGUUGCACAAGGGAACACUCGAGAGCGACCAGGAGCUGCUUCAUCAAGCUCAUGUAACAUUCAAACGUGCACGACAAACCGACGACUUGAACUUGUCGUUCAUGGAUCGCUACGCCAACUGUCUGCGCAGAGGCAACUCACGCACCAACCUCAACGACUUGGUACAAGAGCUCUUCAAGAUAAGCAGCUCACGCGCAGAAUCGUGGCUCGCUGCUGCGUACUAUAACGACGUGAAAGGAGACUAUGAAACGGCCUUGCAGUUCUCCGAGCGCGCUAUCGCAGAGCAGCAUCGCCAUGCACCAGCCCACUUAUUACGAGGUGAACUAUUGCUCCGGAUGCAACGUCCACAGCCUGCGUUAAAAGCCUUCUGGACUGCAUGUCGCCUCACUCGGUCUCUAGAGGCUUACACGGGUAUAAUCACCAGUUAUUGCGACUUGUUUGCCAUCGGUGUGAACCGAUACAAGGAAGCCUUGGCUACUGCCAAGAGUGUCGUGAAAUUGUACCCGCAAAAGGCACAGAGCUUUGUGUUGUUCGGUAGUGUGCUCGCACUAAGCUCGGAGCAUCGAGAGCAAGCGCGUCAAGCUCUGCAGAAGGCAUUGUCUAUGGAACCUCGCAAGCUCUCCACCAAUUUUGCGCUUGCCGAUUUGUUGGUUGAAGACGGCAACUUGCGCGGAGCCAUUGAUAGACUACAGGCAUUGGGCGAGCGUCACCCACGUGAAGAAGUCUUCACGAAGCUAGCGUACGUUUACUCAAUGGAUAAACAGUACGCGGAAGCGUUGAAGUAUUAUCACCAAGCGCUGAGAUUAAACCCGGGAUCAACCGAGGCGUUGCAGGGGCUGGACCGACUUGAGAAGUUGAUGCGUGGAGAGGACCCAGACGAACUCAGCAACAGCAUGGAGCAGAUGGAUCCGGAGGGACAGGACGAGUCGAUUGAUACAAGUGAGUACUUGUCGCCAUAG